CUUGUCUAUACAACGUCAUGGGCGAUUCAAUAGACAUUUCGUCCUCAUCUGGACCCAUCACAGCAAAAGAACUCGACAGCAAAGGACGUACAACACCAACAGCAUGAGGGAUAGCGCGCAACUUAACGGUGGCAGCGCUUGACCCGGCAGUCAUAACAGCGCUUCCACCCAACAGCCAAGUUGUAUCAGUCAAAGAAAUGGUUGGCAAGAGCUCUUGGGCGACAACAUCGAGGAUCACGAUUCGCUUGCCAGAUGGGACGAAAGCAUACCUGUUUCAGAAGGCAGCUUGCGGGAAGACAGCGGGAGCAAUAAUGAAGGGAAGCUUCGAAGCCGACAUGGCUCUCUUUGCCUUCAUCCCGACACGCGUUCCUCGUCCGAUCGCACAAGGGGCAUAUGUCAACUCACCGAACACGCACUUCUACCUGUCCGAGUUUAUCAAGAUGCGGGAUAACAAGCUCCCUUGCCCUUCUUCCUGGGCCGCUGCUGUAUCUGAUCUACACCUGAACAGCAUGGGUUGGUCACCGACUGGGAAAUUUGGUUUACCAACGACCACACAUCUGGCCGAUGUCCCCGUCGACAACAGCUGGAAUGCUUCGUGGGAGAGCUUCUGGACCCAGCAAAUGAAGAGCCUGUUCAACCAAGAAGAGAGAGUUAAUGGCCGCAACGAGGAGGUAUCCGUCCUUCGGACAGCAUACCUAGAGAAGGUGAUUCCCAGAUACUUAAGGCCUCUGGAAGUUGAUGGAAGGUCCAUUACUCCUUGUCUCAUCCACUCUGACCUUUGGCCGGGAAACAUCAAGCCAAGGGCAGACACUGACGAGCUGUGUAUGUUUGACGCUUGCGCUUAUUGGGGCCAUAAUGAAGCCGAUCUAGCUAUCUGUAGGAACCCUCGCUACAAACUUGGCUAUCCGUGUGUACACGAGUAUCAAAAGAGGGUGCCUGUCUCCGAACCUGAGGCCGAUUUCGACGCUAGAAACGCCGUAUACGCCCUCAAGUAUCACGUCUUGCUGUCAGCCAUGCACAGGAACAAGAUAUUCAGAGACGUCUUGAUAGCUGAGCUACAGUCCUUGGUCGACCGCCUUGAUUAUGACACGGAACCAGAUCACGACCAGCCGUAACGCCUCUAGCAGAAACGACUACCAUACAAGUACAAAACGGUUGCGAGUUGACUGGCACAGUAGCCGACGAACAAACAUAAGCCUUCUCAUAUUCGCAUAUGGUUUUCUUGUCUGCUAUGUCAAUCAGCAAAAUACGAGCAACGGGACGGGGCCUUUGAGGGAACAUAUGGAGGCAGGUUGCGAGCCAGACAUCCUUUUCGGCCAUGUCGCCCCAUGUUUGAAUACCGAAUGUUUCUAUUCUCGUUUCGACAAGAGUUAUCUGGUGGUGUUGAGUCGUGUCAGGGUCCAAAUGCCUGAAGCUCGCUUGCCCGGGUGUCAUUGGUGGCAAACGUCAACCACACCAACAAUUGCUUCUCAACCACUACAGACCCCUGUACCGCCGGCAAUCCAGACUAUGACGUACGCCUGGCGCUUCACCAAGGGUCGAUUGGUAG